AUGCAUCCGUCGCAAGUUGUUGCUAUUGUUCUUAUUGUUAUUUCUGUGAGUUUCAUCAAUGCAGAAAUUAUUCAAAAAGGAAAACUUGCUAAGCAUGGAAUGUUGAAGGAGAACAAGCCGAAUUGUCUAAUGAUAAGAUCUGGAUUGGGAUGUGCUUGUUCAUCCUGCAAGGAAAUCGUUGGAUUCACCAGAAUGUUGAUUCUCAACCAUGUGCCAGAAGAGCAAGAAGUACUCGAUAAAGUGUGUAACAGAAUUUUCGGUGAUGACAAGAAGAAGGAGUCGUUCUGCGAGGAAUUGAUCAAGGAAGAGCUCCCGGACAUUAUCAAGUACGUCAGAAGCCAUUUGGAGCCAAAGCAAGCUUGUGCCAAGUUCUGUUAA